CCGCGGCCGCUGGGGCCUCCUCCGGCAGCUCACCCGCAUCCCGGUUCUCUGCUUCCCUCCCUGCCUCUUCCCUGCACGAAGAUGGCCACGGACGGGCUGCACGAGAACGAGACGCUGGCGUCGUUGAAAAACGAGGCCGAAAGCCUCAAGGGCAAACUGGAGGAGGAGCGGGCCAAGCUGCACGACGUGGAGCUGCACCAGGUGGCGGAGCGGGUGGAGGCCCUGGGGCAGUUUGUCAUGAAGACCAGAAGGACCCUCAAAGGCCACGGGAACAAAGUUCUCUGCAUGGACUGGUGCAAAGACAAGAGGAGGAUGGUGAGCUCGUCGCAGGACGGGAAGGUGAUCGUGUGGGAUUCCUUCACAACGAACAAGGAGCACGCGGUCACCAUGCCCUGCACGUGGGUGAUGGCGUGUGCGUACGCCCCGUCAGGAUGCGCCAUUGCGUGUGGUGGUUUAGAUAAUAAGUGUUCUGUGUAUCCACUGACAUUUGACAAGAAUGAAAACAUGGCUGCCAAAAAGAAGUCUGUUGCUAUGCAUACCAACUACCUGUCAGCCUGCAGCUUCACCAACUCUGACAUGCAGAUCCUGACGGCAAGCGGCGAUGGGACGUGUGCCCUGUGGGACGUGGAGAGCGGGCAGCUGCUGCAGAGCUUCCACGGGCACGGGGCCGACGUGCUCUGCCUGGACCUGGCCCCCUCAGAAACAGGAAACACCUUCGUGUCUGGGGGAUGUGACAAGAAAGCCAUGGUGUGGGACAUGCGCUCCGGCCAGUGCGUGCAGGCCUUUGAAACACAUGAAUCAGACAUCAACAGUGUCCGGUACUACCCAAGUGGAGAUGCCUUUGCCUCGGGGUCCGAUGACGCUACGUGUCGCCUCUAUGACCUCCGGGCAGACAGGGAGGUCGCCAUCUAUUCCAAAGAGAGUAUCAUAUUUGGAGCAUCCAGCGUGGACUUCUCCCUCAGUGGUCGCCUACUGUUUGCUGGAUACAAUGAUUAUACCAUCAAUGUCUGGGAUGUCCUCAAGGGGUCUCGAGUCUCCAUCCUGUUUGGACAUGAAAACCGUGUCAGCACUCUACGAGUUUCCCCUGAUGGGACUGCUUUUUGCUCAGGAUCAUGGGAUCACACCCUAAGAGUCUGGGCCUAAUCAUCUCCUCACAAUACAUACUUUGAUACCCGAGGUUAGAAAUCAUCACAUGUAAACAGAUUUUGCUUUUAGGGGAUGUGAGAGAAUUUAUCGCAACUUAUCUUAAGGGAGCAACUCCAUGGCUGAAAGUUCACCAAACAUCUCCUAUAUUAUGAUUAAAACUGCCACCCCUGGAAAAUACCACUGUGAGCCUUCAACACUAGGAGAGCACCUUCAAGCACAGUGUUUUUGUUUUUGUUUUCUUCAUUUUGAACACUUUUUAAAAUUUAUUAAUUUUUAAGGUUAUUCUUAAUUAUACUACUCCCAACUCAUUCUAUUACCAACAGAAUUUAGCAUUUAAUAUAUUUCAUGUUAUUUCCUUGAGUCAAAUUUGUUUUCAGAGCACUUUAAAAUCUGACUUUCCUCAGUGUGCACUGUGACUUUUGGGACCUUUCUCUAGAAGUGUUGAUUUUAGUGGACUGGGUGAGGACUGUACUAAUUAAUCUGUUGUAGAAGAAAGUUCCAAUUCCAAAUGUAAUUAGACAAAAUCACUUUUUUUAAAUGUGUUUUUAUUGUAAAAGUAUCUUUUCCAGUCUUGCAUCACAUCGUCGUUUUUCAGAUAAAACAUUUUCAUCUAUGUGAACUGUUAUGAAUGAAGCACAGAUGGGCAUAAAAUGGACAGGAUGUUUAAUUUACAAAUUACAUGGUGAUGUGAUAUGAAUGUUAGCGCUUGGACGGAACAUUUUCUUUCAAGGGAAAAGCUGAAUGCUCUUUCUGACACAAAUGCUUCUCAGAGCAACCAAAACCUUCCCGUGUGGGAACACAGGACAGUAAACUUGUUUAAAAACCUAUCACUAGUGUUAGACAUGCUAGGAUUAGUAGUAUCCCCUCAGCCUAAAGUAGGUCUUGUCCACAUCCAUUGUGCUCCUAUUUAUUACAUUAUGAGGAUAAUUGCAAAUACAGAUUAAUUGAUAGGUCUCAAACAAUGACGUCUUUGUCUUAUA